AUAUAAGGCAGCACUUUGGGUUGUCUAAUUAUCAGUCAACUUUGUUCGCUUCAGCAGCUCAACACAGACCAAGAAACAAAAAUCCUUAAACAUGUUCAAAUUGGUGGUGUUGUCUGCUCUCCUUGCCGUAGCUGUCGCUCGUCCCGGUCAUCUUUAUGAGUCUCCCCUGGUCUAUGCCGCUCCAGCUGCGACGACCAUCGUCCAGGAGCCCGUUCUGGCCAAAGUGGGUGCAGUGGUGAACAGCGUUCCCACUUCCGUCUCCCACCAGAGCCAGUCGGUGGUGCACAGCCACUCGCAUGUGGUGGAGGACAUCGUGGCCCCGGUGGUGAAGUCCACUCCGGUGGUCAGCUAUGCCGCUGCUGCUCCAGUUGUCCACACUAGCUAUGCCGCUGCUCCUGUUGUCCAUGCUACCUAUGCCGCUGCUGCCCCGGUGGUGCACACAUCCUAUGCCGCCGCAUCUCCCGUCAUCUACAACUCCAGCUGGUAAUCGGCGGAAAUGGACUUUUGGGCGCUCAUUCAAGCGAUCUGGAUGGUUAGAAAAAAAGCGAUUCCUAUUGUAUAUAAACGAGUUUAAUUGCGAGUAAAAUGUGAUUGUUAUUGAAAA